AUGAAACUGUCCAGGCAUGCGGACUGCAUGCAGAUACGAGCCCUGCUAAAGAAGGACUAUCUCGUCCGGAUACGUCAGCCAUGGAUGACCUUCAUCCAGUACCUAUGGCCGUGCAUGAUCUUUGCCGCCCUGUACAUCCUGCGAGCCCGCUUCCAGGCGGCUGAGAUCGGUGACUGUCAGUUCCCGACCCGCAACCUGCAGGCGAAUGGCAUCCUGCCCUUCUUCCAGUCGUACAUCUGCACGUUCGAGAAUGAGUGCAGCGACGUCAAGGCGUACGCCGAGACGGAGGACUUCCCGCUGGCGCCGGUCACACCCGUGGUCAACAUCGUGCAGACCAUCCUGGACAACGAGGAGCUGUACGAUGCGAUCGUGAAGCUACCGGAAGAUAAGAACUUCAUCGCCUCCGUCACGACCGUCGUCACGCACGCGAAGUUCAAAGAGAUCGAGAGCAAUGCCGAUCGGUUGAUCAAGAUGCUACCGGAGAUACGCACCAAAAUAGGGGACUCGUUCGAUAUCGAAAAGCUGUUCUCCGACGACCGGACGUUCUCCAAAUCGGGCAACAUCCUGUGCGGCCGGCCGUUCCCCCGCAGCGAUAACAUUCGGUUUGUUGACAAUAUUUUCUACACACCGGACUACGCCGGACCCGAUAAGGACGAGCUGAACGUGAUGCCGACGCCGUACUGCAAGCAGCUCUACCUAGACGUUACCAACACGAACCACGGCAAGAUAACCUGGCGCUUUCUGAAGCCCAUCCUGCAGGGCAAGAUACUGUACGGUCCGGCGAGCGAGCGAAACGAUGAAAUAAUGAAGUUUGCCAAUCAAACGUUCGCUGAUAUGGGCCGACUGAGAGAGUUCUUCCGGGCGUUGGACAAAACCCUCCAACUGGUUCGCACCGAUGAGGAGGCACGGUCCAGCUUCGAGGGUUUGAUCGCGCUAGCGAAAAGUCCCGUAGUGCAGCUUCUGACCGGCGGCAACGUUAACAUCGAGCUGAUCGAGAGCCUGCUGAAUGGCAUUUUGAACGACAACGACGUCGCCAAGGCGGUCAACACGAUCGCCAACAUUUUCGACUGCUUCUCGGCCGACCGAUUCAUCCCGGUGGCAAACGAGCAGGAUCUAGAGACGCGCGCCUUCGAGCUCAACCGGAAGAAGCUGUUCUUUGCUGGCGUCCUUUUUGAGAACGGAACUACGAACGAGGUGGCAUACAAGAUACGGAUGCGUACGGAUGACACGCCGGUUACAGUGGAGAACCGGAACCGCUUCUGGUUCCCCGGUCCGGAGGCGAGCUUCGAGCUGGACAUGCGCUACCAUCGGGGUUUCGUGCAGAUCCAGCACGCGGUCGACAUGGGCAUCAUUAGGCAGAUGAAGAAAGAAAAGUUUGACGCCGAGCGUUUGGCUAGCGGGGACGGAGGAACCACAUCAUCGUUCGGCGGUUUCGGCGAGCUAGAGUUAGACGAUGACCUAGACGACGGAGCGGAGGAUGACACUGAAGACAAGAGUGCAGAGGAAGCAAGCGAAGAGGAGCCGGCAACGGAAGCGCCGGUCACGCCAGUUGUGGAAACUACGACCGAGAAUUUGUCCCUGUUGUAUAACGAUCUAAGCAAACGACUGAACGUAUCGCAGGAAGUACUGAACGUGUUCGGAAGUGGUACGAACAGCAGUGCGCUUGAUGAUUUUCUCGAUUUUAAGGAUGAAGACGAAGAUGAAGUGUCUUCUCCAACAACAACCAACGCUCCAUCAACAACAACCAACGCUGCAUCAACAACAACCAACGCCCCAUCGUCCACUGUCACAAAAACACGCAAACGUCGAUCACUGUUGGAUCUGUUCCUUGGUAGCGGUGCUGCAAGUAAGAAAUCCAAUGAGGUUACGUUCAACGUGGCGGGCGAAAAGUUUUACACCAAACAGUUUCCCUACCCGAAGUACACUAAAGAUGACUUCAAAAAGGGAUUAUACCUCGCACAGGCCAUUCAGAUGACGUACUUCCUGGCGCUAAUAGUACACGUCGCUUCGGCGGUACGUCAAAAGAUUUGGAUGAAGGAAAGCGGAAACUCGAUGCUGAUGCGCUCGAUGGGCUUAAAAUCGGGCUCGGAAACCGUCGCCUGGAUGAUCACGACGUUCAUCGAAAUCGGCAUCGUGUUUCUGAUAGGACUGGCCAUCCUCUACGGGGGCGGUAUACUGGUGCACUCCAGCCAAAUCUUUCUCUUCUGCUAUCUGCUCGUGUUCGGCAUUUGCAUGAUUGCAUUUUGCUAUAUGUGCGCGAUGUUCUUCAGCUCGGCCAGCAUCGGGUCGGUGUCGAGCGUGAUACUGUUUCUGACAACAUUCCUGCCGUACAUUCUUAUCAUUUCGCUCGGGGCGACCCUUUCCGCCGUCGGGAAGUUCUUCGCCAACCUCUCGUUCUCGACCGCAUUCUGCUAUGCCUGGCGCCACGUGAUGCGUAUGGAGCUGCAGCAUCGGGGGGCAAGCUUUAUGAGCGCCUUCCAGGGUACGAUUGCGGACAAUGAUCUCAAGUAUGGCAUCCUCAUGAUCCUGCUGGACGCGGCGAUCUACUUUACAAUAGGUUAUCUUUAUCAACGUUUCAAACAAGAUGAUACAACAUUCCACACGGUAAAGCGCAUGAAACUAGAUAAAAGCAUCGGUGCGGAUCUACGAAACGUGGACGUGACGUACGAGAAAGGAGGCAAGAAGGUGCUGAGUGAUGUUUCGGUCACAUUCCGUCGGGAUGAAGUCACCUGUCUGCUCGGACGGAACGGUGCCGGCAAAAGUACCAUCAUUAAACUACUCACCGGGCAGGUUGUACCCGACGUCGGUGACGUUCACCUGCCACUGGACUAUGAUUUCAUCUCCGGCCUAAGAAACAAUGCGGAAAAGAUUGGUUUGUGCCCGCAGAACGAUGUACUGAUACCUAAUCUCACCGCCAAGGAGCACCUUCAGCUGUACGCGCGCAUCAAACUAACCCGUGGUUUCGACACGGAGGUAUCGCGCACGUUGGAGAACCUCAACAUGGGCCACUAUCAGAACUACCGAGCUUCGGAUCUUUCCGGCGGGUUCAAGCGGCGACUGUGCAUUGCGAUCGCGUUCCUUGGAUCGCCCAAUCUGGUCAUACUGGACGAGCCGUGUAGUAGUGUGGACACGAAGGCACGGAAGAACAUCUGGGAGCUGAUCCAAACGCUACGGAAAGACCGCGCUGUGAUACUUGCGACGCACCAUCUGGACGAGGCAGAGUGUCUGAGCGAUAAGAUCGUGAUGCUGGAGGAUGGAAAGGCCAUAAUGGAACAAUCGCAGGAGGAGUUAAAGAAACGCUUCACCAACACUAUCUAUCUGAAGAUCUUCUUGAAGCACCAACCGGAGUUCGAGCAUACUGCGUUGAUCGCGGAGCUGAGUAAACUGAUGGAUGGCCUUGCUGAUAUGCGUUACGAAAUGACGGCAACUCUCAGUCAAUUAAACUUUAGGAUUACCUCAUCAUCAAAUGAUGCUCAACUGUUGAAUAUCGAACCUCUGCUGGAACAUCUAGCCAAUUUGAAGGCAACCAAUGUGAUCGAAUCGUUUGAUGUACGUAACGAGAAUCUGCUCAACAUCUUCAACACGGUCAACUCAACUGACUCAGCACCCGUGGAGUGCAAUGGAAACGGAAAGGAGCGCAAUGGAAACGGAACCACUUCUCACAUACCGAACGGAUUCCACGGACCAAAGACGAAGGAAGCCAAACUCGGUACGCUGUCCAUCAUGGCCACCCUGUUCCGCAAGCGUUUGCUGCAUUUUACACGCAACUAUCGACUGCUGGUGUGUAUACUCGUGCUGCCAACGAUUUUUGAGAUCAUCGCCAUGGGAUGCAUGACCAUCCGGCCGCCAGGAGAACACGACUUGAUGUUAAACUUCUCCACCGCGCUCUACCCAGGGGCGGCGGAGUUCUACAGCAACACCAGCGAUAGCGAUGAGUAUCGACAAGCGAUCGUUGAUGAUGUACUGGAGCAUUGCUCGGGGGAUGUUUGUACGUUGUUUAACUCCUCGCUGGACGCAUACCGGUGGCUUCUUACGACGGAACACCAGUACACGGAGCGACGCUAUGGAGGAAUUACGAUAAAUCGGGAGAAGAACGUCGUGUGGUACAACAACAAGGGUUACCAUUCGAUGCCCACCUGGUUGAACAUGCUCGAUACGGCUGUGUUGCGGGCGGAACUUGAGGAUCCGAGCUUCUCAAUCCGCACCAUUAACCAUCCGUUGAAGAUCGAGGAAGAUGAUCUGUCGCUUUCGUCAUUACUUCAACAGAUCGCCGAUGCGGGAAUCUCUCUGAUCAUAUUGCUGGCCUUCAGUUUGGUUAUCGCUGGAGCCUGUGUGUACAUCGUAAGCGAGCGCAUUCGUGGUGAGAAGCUACAGCAGCGUUUGGCUGGAGUGAACGUGUUCAUCUAUUGGACCGUGACGUACAUCUGGGAUGCACUGAUAUACCUCAUCGCUGUUGCUCUCGCCAUGAUCGUCUUCAAAACGUUCGCCAUUCCGGCGUACGUCGAGCGGGAACAGUUGAACGGAAUCUGUCUGUUAUUGAUCCUGUAUGGUUUUGCAUCGAUUCCUGCGAUGCACCUCUUCGAAAAACUGUUCACCGAUGCGAGUUUGGCCAACAUGUCACUCUUCUGCCUGAACAUCAUCACGGCCCUGGGCACGCUGACCAUCAUCAUCCUGUUCGACGUAAUGGGCGACAGUGACGAGUCGGAGCGCAUCCGUAACUUCCUCAACCGCGCCUUCCUCGUACUGCCACAGCACGCGCUAUCCGAUGGACUCAUCGAGCUGUCCAAGAACUACAUCACGGCGGAGAUCUUCAAGCGGUACUACAUCGAUUCCUACAAGUCGCCAGUGCGUAGCGAGCUCCUUCGACCUCAUUUCAUAUCGCUGAUCGUGAUGGGAGUGCUCUUCAUGCUGAUCAACGUGGUGAUCGAGUACAAGCUGUUGCAGCGGUUGGUCAACCGUCUCUGUAGCCGCACGGAACCGAAAGUGUACGAGCUGAACGGCGUCGACACGGUGGACCAUGUCGUUAGCCGGAUGGACGGCAAGAAGAAAUCGAUGACGGCCGAUCAGAUCCUGUCGGUGGAUAAUCUGAGGAAACGAUAUGGUAGCUGUGGUGGCGGCGGUGGUGGAGCGACCGGCAGGGAGGUUGUCAAGAAUGUGUCCUUCAAGCUGCACUACGGCGAGUGCUUCGGAUUGCUUGGCACGAACGGAGCAGGCAAAUCGACGAUAUUCGCGAUACUCUCCGGGGAGUUGCUGCCAUCCGGGGGCAGUUUUACCUUUUACAGCAAUCAUGGUCCCUCGUACUGUCCACAGAGUAACUUCCUCGAUCCGCUGCUCACCGUUGAGGAAGUGAUCGAGUUCUACGGCAAGCUGCGCAACAUUGAGUCGAUAGACAAGCUCGUGAUCGAAACGCUCAAAGAGUAUCACCUAGAGCCGUACCGGAAGGUGUUGGCCAAGAAUUUGAGUGGUGGAAAUCGCCGUAAGCUGUGUGUCGCUGUGGCCUGUUUUGGGCAGUCGGAGAUCAUCCUGAUGGACGAACCGACCAGCGAUCUUGAUCCAGUGACACGUUCGAUUGUGUAUAGCACCAUCGAGAGGUUGAACACCCAGAACCGUUCGAUUCUGCUUACCUCGCACAGCAUCUCCGAGAUCGAUCGGAUUUGUCAACGUAUAGCGAUCCUGAAGGAUGGCCAUCUGCUGACGGUCGACACACCCGGUCGGCUGAAGGAACGCUUCGGUAACAGCUACCAGGUGACGCUGUACCUCGAGGGUACUCGAGAGGUAGACUUUGUACGGGUUGUUAAGCGCGAAUUCAACGUCACACGGGACAUCCUUCUGCACAAGAACUCCGUGCAAUUCGUGUGCCAGGUGCGGCCGGAUGAAGUCGGUCCGUUGAGAGCGGAAAAUGGUAAAUCACAUAAAAAUGGCCACGUAACGAUCGUCCUGCACGAGAAUGGCAAUGGAGCAAUGGUGAGCGGCCCGGGAGAAGCACGGACCGCCAGUGAGCUGUUCCUAAAGUUGCAUCGCUUUGCGCGGGACAACAACCUCCGGUACACGGUGUCACGAUGCCAAAUGGAUCAGAUAUUUGAAAACGUCCUUCAAAACCACGAAGAGGAUCACGCCAAUCCGGGGUUCGUAGAUAGCUAGGGUACGAACAGACAGCAUUUGCGCGAGCAGCAAUCGAUUUCCUUUUGUAAUAUAUAGUUACUGAUAGGCUUA